AUGGUCCCAUCUCGAUUCCAACCGCUAGCUUCACCGCACCACUUCGACGAGGUUCAUGUCGUUUUGAUACAACUGAAUUUCACACGAAUGGCGGAAAUCAACGAACGCGCUUCAACAUCUUCACCACCAGAACCUUCUACUCCCGCUCCGGGUCCUGAAAUUAAACAACUCGCUGAUGUGAUGUACGAUCGAGUUGGCGCGUUUCUGCAAUCGCAGAUCCAAGGAAGCAUCGAUGAAUACAAAUUACUGGAGGACAUGAAUACAGCAACUGCACAGCGUUAUGUCGAUAUGCGUGCUGUAGCGGAGAAAAUAGCUGACAAGAUCUCACGACUCAACAACAAAUAUGAGUCGCUACGGCCUUACCUUCAGCAAAUCGACGAAAUGGAUGAGAGUACUAGAAGACUAGAGGAAGCGGCAAAUUUGCUCGAUCAAUACGUCACAGGACUUGAGGCGAAAUUGCACACAAUCCAACAAGAUGGCUCUUCCAUGUGA